CAGCAUACUAUAUGUUAAAAAUCUGAUUGUAACAAAGAUGUACUUUUUAAAAGAUAAUGAAUGAUAUUAGGUCGAAUUUAAGGAAUAAAGGUAAAUUUUUAAAUUAUACGUUCCUGGAUAAUGAAAAAUCAAAUACUUCCAACGAGAAUCCUGUUGUGAAUUGUUUCACAUUACAUAACCAGAAGGAGUUUGGUGAAUCGCCCAACAUAAACCUGAACAAUUCUAAAAGAUUUGAAUAUUUACGAGAAUGUUAUACGCAAACCAACAAGAAUCUGGCCGGCGAGAAAGGUUAUUCAUUUUCCAAUAGAAGUAACGACAAUUAUUUAAGUAGCAAAAAUAAAAUAUUUAAUAAUUAUUACGAAGGUGAUUCAAAAUCGCACUACAUGCCAGAGUUAACCCAUGAAUAUUUAGCCUCAUUACCAUUCGACCGAAUGUAUAACGUUGUCAAUUUUAUGAACCAAGACGAACUCAGCCAGGAUCAGAAACCUGCUUCGAACUCAAUUUCCCAGUAUGGAGGUUUACUGAGCGGUUCGGCCUUGACGAAAGCAUUUCUAGAGAAAUCCACCAAAUUAAAACGAUCAGCAACCGGAAUAACGUCUUUCAAUCAGAACAGGAACCCUCUCAGGAGUCACUCUUACGUUUGCGAAACGUCGCCAUGCAUAAACAGCGUCAUCUUCAACCCCACGGAGUACAGCCAGGCUGAAUACAACUACCCGGAAUUCAACCAGGCGGAAUUCAACCAAGCUGAAUUCAACCCCCCGGAAGAGGACUUCGUCGAGACAGAGUCCAAACCAAACCAGAACAACGUGACCGAAAACACUCAAACCGACUUAAAAGAGAAGCCCUUCUCGUUCAUGUCGCCCACGAUAGCCAGCAAAAGCAAAAAUCAAAGUUUGGACAUUAAAAACAUUGAAAGCUUAAUCUCCCCAACCAGAAAAUCCAAGUCGAUAAGUCCGAAAAGAUCGGUCAACCACACCAAUCGAAACCCCUCUCCCAUGCGAUCCACGAAGGAGAAAGAGGGCAGGAAGUCCGAACUGGGAGAAGUCAACUCGUUGAUAGACAUCGGAUCGAGGAAAGCGUCCAACACAUCGACCGGGACCUCUUUGUACCAAGCGGUGAACAAGCUGCGCGACUCCGAUUGGAUACUCGCCUUGCGCGGCCUGGCCGAAAUCAUCGAAAUCUGCAAGACGGCCGAGCCCGAGCUCAUUCUGCCGCACAUGACCAUCGUCAACCAGAAGCUGAUCAGCCUGAUAAAGAGCCCGCGCUCUCACGUCAGCAGGACCGCUUGCCAGGCGACCGGUCACAUCUUCGAGUACGUCAAAGACACCAGGCGGCCGGAAUUCGACGAAUUGGUGGACAGUCUGCUCUGUAAAUGCGCCGAUUGUAACAGAUUUAUACGUCACGAUGCUAACCUGGCCCUGGACUGUAUGGUCACCCACAUUCCCACGUUCCACGCUGUGAGAGCUAUUUGCGCCAAAGGCCCCGAGCACAAGAACGCUCUGGUGCGAACGGCAGCGGCUAGAAUACUGGUUUGUGCUAUCGUUCUGGCCGGCCCGCAGAACAUCGUCCUCCCCUCGGCCAAUGAGUACACCAAGAGGAGAAUAAUCAUGAAGAUGGCUGGAUUCCUGGAAGACAGAAAUCCGGAGGUGCGAAAGUACGGCGAAAGGAUAUACAAGAUGCUGUCGAAGGACAAAACCUUCGACAUGUAUUUGAAUCGUUUCCUCGAAACUGACGUGAUUAGCAAGAUGAGGAAAAUCAUGAAGCAUUCUGAAUAUUUUUAAUUUACUAAUUGAUCGUUGGUGAUGUUGAAUUUGUUAUUGUAAUGGUGACAAUGCCGCUUUUUUUUAUUUGUAAAUUUGUAAAUUUUAUGUAUAUUAAAUUUUAAUGUUUGCAUUCGUUGGUUAAAAUUUAAUUAUAACAAAAUCAUUUUCUACCGAAUAAAUUUUUUCAUAUACAAAA